AUUUGAAGUCAUCCAACGCCGCGCGACUCCAUCGACCCCCUGUGACAUUUCCAAGACCCGAAUUAGGGAGACCUGUUCUUCAUUAGCUUCAAUCUGAAAAAUUCGGUUUUGAUUCCCGUAAGUUUCCAAGAAAGUAGGGAGAUUCUUCACCCAGCUUACCAGCUUAUUAUUCCUACAUAUCUCAAAACCAAGGAAGAUUCCCCAAUUAUCCAAGGUUAAAUUACUCAGCAUCUUCAUCAAGCUUGUAUCCGAAACAUUUAGUUUUUGCGCCUAAUUUCUUGUGGGUCCUGAAGAUUUCGCCUUGGUUACAUCUGGGUUUUGAUUAUUUUCUCUAUUGGUUGCAAUUCUCAAGAGGGUUCCUGGAACCUUAUUGCCGUCACAUGAUAUUAGGCCAACCGUGGCUAUUGGCAAUUUUGUAUUUUUAUCUGUAUUGCGAUCUGAAAUUUGGCUAUUCAGUUCCAAAGAUUUGAUUUUUAAUCCGUUUUUGGACCUAGGGCUGUUCCCCUUAGUGAUGAAUUUUGAUAUAGAUCUAUGGGGUUUAUUUGUUUGAUCGAGAACGUGUGGAUUUAGUUGUAGUGGUGGGCUUUGAUCAGUUCUCUUUGUCCUCUUGUCUGUUUGAUGUAUCUUGUUAUUGCUGAAGAGGAGUUUGGGCUUGUGAACAAGCGGUGGUCGAUUCCGGGUGUUCUCAGGCCAUUGGCUUUGCCAUUUGAGCAGCAAGUGUUCCCAUUUUGUAUCCCACUGGAUAGAUGGGAUAAGGAGUUUUACAAGUUGCAGGGUGGAUAAUUAAUCUUAGCCCUAUUGGAUUGGAUUGGUUUUUUAACUUCGGAGAAGUGUUUGGUUUCUUGGAUACUAGUUGAAUUUUCAGAUUGAUUUUUUUUGAAGAUGGGUUCCUCCCAAGGGUCCUCUUUAUCCACAAAUGUGGCAGGGUUUGUUGAUGGAUCUUCGGCUCGCAGACAAGUUUCAUAUGUGGAUCAUUUGCCCGUCUAUGUCAAGGAGCUGAUUGCUGGAGGAGCUGCUGGUGCAUUUUCUAAAACUGCCGUUGCUCCGCUGGAACGGACUAAAAUUCUUUUGCAGACAAGGACAGCAGGAUUUCAUUCUCUUGGUGUUUAUCAUUCUCUAAAGAAGCUAAUGAAGCAUGAAGGUGUGAUGGGAUUUUACAAAGGAAAUGGAGCUAGUGUCCUUCGAAUUGUUCCAUAUGCUGCACUACAUUUCAUGACUUAUGAGCAGUACCGGUCUUGGAUAUUGGAUAACUGCUCUGUCUUUGGGACAGGGCCUGUUGUAGAUCUUUUAGCAGGUUCAGCUGCUGGGGGAACAGCAGUUUUGUGUACCUAUCCAUUGGAUUUAGCCCGUACCAAACUUGCUUAUCAGGUUGUUGAUACAAGAACAACUUUGCAGAAUGCUACAAGAUGUAUUUAUGUGCAACCUGCCUACACUGGCAUAAGAAAUGUGAUAGAGAGUGUAUAUAAAGAAGGGGGAGUCCGUGCACUUUAUAGGGGUGUAGGUCCAACACUUGUUGGUAUUCUUCCUUAUGCUGGUUUAAAGUUUUACAUCUAUGAAGAACUUAAGAGACAUGUUCCUGAAGAACACCAAACAUCUAUUAUGAUGCGGUUAUCAUGUGGAGCACUAGCUGGUUUACUUGGCCAGACUUUUACAUAUCCUUUAGAUGUUGUAAGAAGACAAAUGCAGGUUGAGCAUCUCCAACCUUCAUUGCAAGCUGGUGCACCGCACAAGAGCACGUUGGACAGGCUGUUAACUAUCGCCCGUCAUCAAGGUUGGAAGCAAUUAUUUGCUGGCCUCAGCAUUAAUUAUAUCAAGAUUGUUCCCUCGGUGGCAAUUGGUUUCACAAUGUAUGACAUGAUGAAGACCUGGCUUCAUAUACCUCCUCGGCAGAAAUCAAAAUCAAUCUCUACUGCAUAAACACACAGUUACAUGCAACAUUACAAAAUGUUCCAUUAGAAUGUAAUGCAGGAUUUGUCUGACUCUCAGUCAUAUUAUCAUGUUAAAUUCGGUGAUCAUGAAUGACAUUCAAUUCCAACCUGAGAGUUCCAUUAGAAUUUGCUUGAUUUAACUUACA